UAAAUCUCAAGAAAAUAACGCCACCUGCAGACGACCCAUUUCGAGAUUUUUUUUGGAAUAGAUGAGAAACUGGUUUAUGCGUUUGCUUUUACCGCUUUAAAGUUGGCAACAUUUGUGUGGCAACUUUAUUGUCAGUGACGGAACAAAUUAAAAUUUCUAGUAUAACUGAAUCUUCAAAGCAGAAACGUUUGGCUAUUCCGUUUUGUUUGGAACUGUGGCAUUGUUAUGCAUGAUUUGUAAUGUUUACAUUGUUUACAUUUGUGUUAGUCAGUGUCAAUAACUUGGGUGUUGUCCACAUGUAAACGCUACUGAAAACAAAUAAUUGACAAACGGACUAUACAUAUAAAAUAUAAAUUAUUAUGGACCAGUCCAGACCCCCGCCGAUUGGGUUUGAGCUUCAGGGUUCAGAUUCAGCCAAUGUUACACAGAUUGAUGUAGGGUUUAAUGGUCCUCCACCUCAAGAGGUGACUCCAUCCACUCAACCACUUUAUCCAAAUCCUCAUGACCAGACAGAAGUGCCCAUGCCACCACCAGCACCCAUUGGAUUUGAAGGUCAAAUGACAGAUUCCAAUGGACCGAAUGGUACUGCAGAGGCUGAUGAAUAUAAAGCUAACCAACAGAAAACACCACUAGAACUAGGAACAGGAAAUGAGGAAGAGAGUUUGGCAACAAACGAAACAACUCAUUAUGGAGCAGUUGAUGACAAAGUUGAACUGUUAACAGAAGACAAAACGGUUAUAAAUGAGAUAGCCACACUAUACUUUCGGGACAAGAAGAGUAAAAUAGAUUAUAUCCUUGCUUAUGAAGAUGAACAAGAUGAAAAAAAGAAGGAAAGGCGGCAACAGUUCCAAGACAACCUCCAGGAGGAAGGACUUAUUCUUGAAUUUGAAGAAAAAGAGAAUUCCAUAAACAAGAAGACAAGUUUUAUAAAGGUCCAUUGUCCAUGGGAGAUUCUGGCUAAGUAUGCUGAAAUAACCAACAUGAAGAUGCCUUUGAUGGAAAAUGAUAUGGACGAGGAAUUGACAGGGUUUUUGGAGCAUUGCUUCUCAUAUUUACCAUCUCCAUUUGAACUGAGUAAAGAUAUUAUACAGGAUGAACCUAACUACUUCACAGCUCCUUUCAACAGAGAACGAGUUGAUCAAUUUAUAAUAAAGGAUAAGGACACAUUCUUCACCAAUGCUCAGAGAAGUAAAAUUGUAUAUGAGAUUUUAGCCAGAACAUGGUUUGAACAUGACAAGAAAGGCAAGAAGAGGAUUGGAGUGUCAAAUAUGGUGAAUAAUGGAUCUUACACAGCUGCCUUUCCUCUCCAUGAUGGUAGAUACAUCAGUGAACAUUCUAUCCUGGCCAGCGGUAAAGAUAAUGAUAGACAUCUGCUGUAUGAAACAUGGGCUAAGCCAGGAGUAUGGUACAAAUAUCAACCUCUCGAUCAUGUCAGGACCUAUUUUGGAGAGAAGAUAGCUAUAUAUUUUGCCUGGUUGGGAUAUUACACAUCAGCAUUGUUUCCUGCAGCAGCUUUGGGAUUAGCAGUGUUUAUUUUUGGCCUUGCUACAUUUAUGGAUGAUAAACCAAGUAACGACAUCUGUGAUCCAAACGGUGCAGGAAAUUUUACCAUGUGUCCUCUGUGUGAUGCUCGGUGUACGUACUGGAAGCUUGAGAGCAGUUGUAGAUACUCCAGAGCUACUUACCUAUUUGAUAACUAUGGCACUAUGAUAUUUGCUGUAGUUAUGGCUUUAUGGGCAUCAUUCUUCCAAGAGUUCUGGAAGAGAAAGCAACAUGAGUUAGAGUAUGAUUGGGAUUGUGCAGACUUUGAGUCAGAAGAGGAAACACUGCGACCAGAGUUUGAAGCUGCUAUAAGCAACAGAAGAACCCAUCCUGUCACAAAGAGAGAAGAGCCUUUUGUUCCUUCCUACAGUAAAUGUAUCAGAUAUGGGACCACUCUUGGUAUUAUAGUGUUCUUUUUAUGUGUUGUAUUGGCAGCAGUAUUUGGUGUAAUUCUCUAUCGUGUAGUGAUCUCAGGAGUUCUUUAUGCAAGCACAGAUGGCGUUAUCAAAUCAAGGGCAACAAUUAUAGCAUCAGUAACAGCAGCAUGUAUUAAUUUUGUCAUCAUCUUAAUUCUUAAUUUUGUAUAUGGAAGAAUAGCUUUAUUCCUUACUGAUUUAGAACAACAUAGGACACAGACAGAAUGGGAAGAUGCCUUUACAUUUAAAAUGUUUCUCUUCCAGUUUGUUAAUUACUACUCAACAGUUGUUUAUAUUGCCUUCUUCAAAGGGAAGUUUGUAGGACGACCUGGAGAUUAUAACUACAGUUUACUGGACAAAAGACAAGAGGAGUGUGAUCCUGCUGGGUGUCUGAUAGAAGUCUGUAUACAGCUUGGUAUUAUUAUGGUGGGCAAGCAAGCUCUCAAUAAUUUCAAAGAAAUUCUUUUACCAAAAAUAAUGGUAUGGUUUAAAUCAAGGAAAGCUAAGAAUGAGGAGAAAAAAGAAGACAUUGUUUAUUCAAGAUGGGAGCAGGAUUAUAAUUUAGCUGAUCAACCAAAGAUGGGAUUAUUUGAUGAAUAUUUGGAAAUGGUGAUCCAGUAUGGAUUUGUCACCAUAUUUGUAGCAGCUUUCCCAUUAGCACCAUUAUUUGCCUUACUUAAUAAUAUAAUAGAAAUAAGGUUGGAUGCCUACAAGUUUGUUACUCAAUGGAAGAGACCAAUGGCAGCUAAAGCUCAGGAUAUUGGUAUUUGGUUUGGUAUCUUGAGAGGUAUUUCAGCUGUUGCAGUAAUAACAAAUGCAGCCAUCAUAGCCUUCACUGCAGAAUUUAUUCCAAAGAUGGUCUACCGUUAUGCACACAGUGAAAACGAAUCAUUAGAGGGAUAUAUGAACUAUUCUUUGUCUAUCUUCAAUGUUGCUGAUUUCCAGAAAAAGAGUAUACCAAGUGAAAUUCCUCCAGAGUUAGGAAAUGUGACACAAUGCAGGUUCCGUGGAUUUUAUGAACCUGCUGGACCAGGCGAAUACCAGUUUACCAUGGCCUAUUGGGAAGUUUUAGCAGCUAGACUGGCUUUUAUUGUGGUGUUUGAGAAUUUGGUGGUGUUUUUAACAUGGCUUGUGAUGUACCUUGUGCCAGAUAUACCAUAUAAGGUUAAAAUGCAGAUGUUGAGAGAGAACUUCCUGUCCAAAGAAGCUCUGUAUCGGGCAGAGUCAAUCAAGUUGAGCCCAAUGCGAGGUGGAGGAGGGUCUGAGAAUGGUGCAAAUGUAACAGACAGAACUAUUUUCUGAUGAAUUUUGUGAAUUUACAUCAGUUGUCUUUAUUAUAUAGUAUUUCUUUGCCAUAGGAAAACCAUUGGGAUUUUAUAUUCAUUUGAGAUCUUUGUUAUAUAGUAUCUUCCUAAAAUAAUUGAAACUAACCAAAAUAGAUUUUUUAACAAUCUAUUAAUGCAUAAUUUUCCAUGGGUAAUAUUAUAAAAUAAGUUUCCUGCCAAAUUGAGAGCAUACUGUAUUUUGCAAUUGCCUUUAAAUCUUAAAAUAUUUGAUAUAGUAUUUCACAUUGAUAAGCUGCUAUAGAGUAUAUACAACCCUUGCGUAAAAAAUUGAUUUGUCAGGAAAUUAUGUAACAAAUUUUUCAUAGAAAGAAUUGUAUUAUAGUAGUUAAAAACAUGCUUGAUACUUAAGUUAAAUAAUGAUUUCUUAUAAUGAUCACAGAAAUACUAUGAAAACAAGUAAACAGGGUCAUAACAUAGUUCCACUUUGCUUUGAAUUAAGUAAAUUUAGCUAUAUUUGUAAAUACAUACAUAUUCUUUUAUAUUUUAUAUAUUGUACAAGGAAAAAAAAAAUAUUGAUACUUUUAUGACAUUAUGAAAUAACAGUCAAUCAGCGUGAGAACAUGGUGCUGAUAGUUUUCUUUUUUUUUUUUAGAGAAAAAAUAUCUUCUCAAUGAUGAACCAUGUGUUUUUCAGUUUUGCCAUCAAAUAUCUCCAACUUAAUUAUUUUAUGUGAAAAAAUCCAGGAGGCGAAACAUAAAUUUAAUAUUUACCUCAUCUAGUUAUUAAGAAGAUAAUUUAUAUAGAAAAAUAUAAAUUUAACAUUUACAGGGCAAGUAUAUAAAUGAUAAACACAGUAAUUUGUUUCUUCAUAUAAUCAUUUAACAUUUUGUGCCAUCUUUUUCUAUAAAGCUCAAUAUCUCUUACUGCUUCCAUCGUCAUUUAUUUAUUGUAUUAUACUGGAAAAGCAGGGAAAUUUUGCAAAGGAUUUAUUGUUCAUAAAUAUCAUGAUAUAAUAAAAGAUAUUUUCGUGAAAUCAAAAAUUGCCACCAGCUUUGGCAUUAGAAAUCACGAAAUUAAAAUUUGUAAAAUAAACCAUUUGACACUAGUUCCUUUGAAAUGACAUGUUUUGCUAUCAAUUUUUUUAAAUGUAAAUGUGAGUUUAUAAGAUGUUCAGUAGUUAGAUGUAUAUACCUGUAUAGUAGAACUUUUUAUUGAAUGAUGUGAUUGUCCAUUCUUGUCAGAUGUGAAUGUUUUGGGUAUUUUUUCUUUCUCCACUUAGUAAAAUAGGUAAUUUUCAAAAUUUGAAUUGGUUAAACAUUAUAACAUAGAUGAAAAAAUACUUUAAAAUUUUUUUUUUUACCUGUUUGAUAAUAUUAAAAUACAGUGGUAGUAUGACAGAAUAAAAAACUAAAUAUUAUUGAGAAGAAUAUUUUUCAUCUUAAAGAUGUUAUAGUGCUUUGGAAAAAAUAUCAUAGUUUACUAUGAUGGUGCAUAAUGUUUGUUUAUAUAUAAGGUUGUUUGCUAUAUCUUAAUGUACAUACUGUCGUGUUCUAGUCUAUCUAUUUAAUGUAACCAUGUGUGUAAAAUACAUUUCUCAUUACAAAUAUAUGUCUUGUAUGAUGUAAUUGUGUAAUGUUAAACAUGUGCAGUGUUUAUUUAUUUUUGUUGAAAUUUUUUAUAUUUCAGUACAGCUAAAGUUCUGUUUUCAACAAGAUUCAUUUUAACCGGAUUUUUUUGAAUUCAUUGACUUUUCUUAUACCAGUCUGGUACAGUGUUUAAAUAUAUUAUCAAAAUAUCUUAUUUUAUAUAAAGUAAGAAGAUGAUAAAUUUAUAAAACAUUUUGUAGAAUUAAUAAUAAUGGCCUUAUGAUCAUCAAAUUGCCUUAUGGAGGGGCGGUAGGAGGGGGUGUCAUCCUGAAUUCCCAAAGAAAUAAACCAUUCUUUCCCAGAUCCCCAAAAAUUAAUCAUUAUUUCCCUAGUCCAGAUAAUGGUCAAUUCCUAAUUCCCGCAAAAAUUACAGCCCUUAUUCCGAAGUCCCGAAAAAGGUCCUUCUGCACCUGUUUAUGGAAUCUUCAAAGUUCAGCUUUUGUUUGAUGUGAAGUUAUUUUCUUUUAAUGAACUUUAUGCCAUGCUGUGACCUUCACCUGUUUAUUUACACAAUAUGGGAUAUAGUCUUACACACAUACACACCAUUUUUUUUAAAUUUUCAUUAGUAAACUAUAAAGUGGAAUAUAACUUAGUAUAGAUAUUUGUACACAUAUUUAUUAGGUACACUUUGGGAUUAAUUGGUUGCACACGUAUAUUAUGUACUGUACAAAUUAUAUCUACUUUAUUAUACAAGUGUUUGAAUAUUUUCACAAAAUUUGGUCAGGAAUAAGUAUCCAGAAUCCUAUGCCCAAUGGUAGAUCCUCGGUAUUUCUCAGGGAAAAGAGGACACCAUUGGAUAAAAGAUGUUUUCUUUUUAUACAUUAGCUGUUCAAUGAAAGCUCUGUUAUCUGAUUUUGUACUUGUCAUUAAUGGAGGCAUUGGUGUCAUACUAACACAGCUAGUUUUGGAAUAAUUUAUACAGUAUAUUUGUAGAGACAUAAUUGAAGUAGAUUUAGUCUAAAUAUUUAUUCUAUGCCUUCACAUUCAUAAAACCUUGUGAUCUGACAAAAUUAUUUUUUGAACCAUUCUUUUCAUGGUGCAGCUACAAAUGUUUGUACUCUCAGCAAGAAGAAAAAGGUUUGGCAUUGUUUGGAAUGAAUUAACAAAACUAUUUGUGCAGAUAGAUUGGAUGGCAUUGAUACACUAUGUUGUAAUCCUAACAUUUGAUUAUGUUUUUUAAGUACUGAGAAGCAUUAGACUUUCAGUUGAACAAAAUAAAUUGGACAUUAUUUUUUUUAUGAAGUAGUUAUGUGCAAUUAUGUGUUUCUUCGCACUUGUUUUUGGUUGUUGAUUAUUUAUUACAAUUUUCAUACUUUAUGUUCUAUGUAUUAUCUGUUAUAUUUUCCCCUUUCAUGUUUAAAAUAUCAGAACCACAGUAUGAUCAAACAGAAAGUAUUUUUUAACAGACUUAACACUUGCAGAUAUAGUUUGGGUAGAACUUACAAAACAUCAAUUUAGAAUUACAUAUGCUUUAUCAAGGUUUUAGUUCUUAAAAAUAAUUCUGCCAGUUUAAAUCAGUUAAAGAUUAUCUUUCAUUUAUUGGGCCAUAAAUGAUCAAAGUGACCUUGAUAUAUAUAAUGUGCUAUUUUGUUAUUUAUUUAAUCAAAUAAAAUAUUUUUCUGAAA